AUGGAUGAUGAUAUCGACGCUCCCGAUCAGAGCCAUGCGCAAGGUAACUUAAUUCCACUAGGAAGCAUUAUAAGCCAAAGACUUGGGAUAACUAACGGUGUAUUCACAGCGACCCGUAUGGAAGAGCCGCAGCCCGAAGUGCACGAUGUAGCACAGCAGGACGCGGCGGGAGAUACAGCUUCAGCAAAUGGGGAAGCCGGUGCCGGCGAUGUACGUGCAAUCGCCGACGAAUCAGAUCCUCCAACAGAGCAUCUAGAAGAUGAAAGCGAGGCCGUCGACACUGAGGAUAGAGAUGCGGCCUCCGACGAGGAAGAGGCAGCCUCAGCGAAUGGCGAUAGCGAUUCAGAUGGUACAGAUUCAACUGCGAGUGAAGAAGUGGCCCCAAAGGACUGGAAAGAGCAACUAGAAUACGAAAUCAAGGCGGGUGCUCUUGACAAAGUAGAGGCGAUCCUCGACAACGAAGAUAAUGAAGGGGCUCUCGAGAUUCGAUUCGAAUACCAAUUCCGCAACAUAUCGAAACCUACUGAGGGUGUCACUCCGCUAAUACUCGCGGCAACGUUGGGUCAUACCGAAAUAGUCAAGCUGCUCAUGAAGCGCGGGGCUGACAUACGCGCAACGACCACCACCUACUCAUAUACGGCGUUCGCUUUGGCAGCCCACGAAGGUCAGCUCGAGGUGGUCAAAGCAAUUCUCGAACACCGGAAAGCUGAACUGGAAGAUGACGAGAAGCCGGAAGACAUUCUGGAAUGUCGCGCUGGAAAUGAUGAAACACCCCUGAUUUUCGCUUCAUGGUACGGUCGGGGUCCCGUCGUGGAUUAUCUGAUCAGCGAGGGAGCUGAUGUCACUGCGAAAGAUAACGAUAAUAACACUGGCCUUCAUCAUGCCGCUUGGGAAGGUUCAAUUGACCCUACAACGAGCCUCCUCAACGCAGAUCCCAGCAUCGUGGAUUGGAGAAAUGACAGUGAGGAAACUGCUUUCCUUCUCACAGCACGAAACGGGGCUCUCGCAGUCGCAGAGUUCCUUCUCGAAAAGGGAGCCAGUUUGACUGCCCGAGACAUUGGCGAAAGUACCAUUCUUCAUCUUUCAGCGUGGUACGGACACCUCGAUAUGGUCAAAAAGUUUCUGGCGGUCCGAUCUCAGUUCCUCGAAGAACGCGACAAAUCAGGUCGGACUCCCUUUUUGCGUGCCUGCUGGGAGGGCCAUGUGGAUGUCGUAGCGUACUUGAUUGAGCAAGGAGCAGACAUGCUUGUAAAGGCCCAGGGCGGCGAAACAGCUUUCCAGGCUGCAACCGCAGAGGGACAUCUGCAAGUCGUCAAGAAGCUCUACGAUAGCCACCCAGAAUUCCUUGACAUGAAGAGAGAUGAUGGCCAAACGGCCCUGAUUCUUGCCGCUUGGACCUGGCAUCUGGACAUCGUGAAGUACUUGAUGGAUCAGAAGGCUGACAUCCACGCCAAGGAUGCCGAGGGCGACAACAUUCUCAAUAAUGUCGUCUUUCCGGAGAAUGGAAAGCCAGAGACUGUUCUUGAGACUCUUGAAUAUCUCCUGGACAAGGGAGCUAGGCUAGAUUCCAAUAACACGGGAAGGAACGCGUUCCAAAUUGCCGCAUAUGCCGGGAAGGAAGAUGUCGUUAAACUGUUUCUGGACGCACUGUCAAAAGAUCCGGACUCAGACGGUGGGCCUAUGCCAAGUCAUUACUAUACGGCCAAGGACACCUGGGGAGACACUGCGUUGACCGACGCUGCAUCGAAAGACCAUAUCUCUGUGGUACUUGCCAUCUUGGAGUCGAUAAUUUUCAUUCCCCGUCUCCUGCCAUCGACGACGCUUAUAUUUGCAAUGAAAAAGAAAUGA